AUGGCUUCAUCUUCAAAUGCAUCAAUCGACAGCGACAAUGAGUCUCUCAGAAAAGCUAAGCUGGAAAAGGCAUACCGAUAUAUAGAAAGGCAUGGAAAGGGUCGUACACGCUCAAAAUCGCCCUCUUACAAUCGUAAACGAAAGCAUCAAAAUGCACAUGCUGGCCCAAGUCAUAAAAAGCCACAAGAGCACGUCAUUAAGAAGCCAAAGGGGGAGGUCGGAAGAGCUGCCCCUCGUGGCUACAAUCUUCAGGAAGCCAUGGGAAAUACUGCGCGAGCUGCUGCGAUCUCAUACAUCACUAGAAGUGGCCACCUUUGGACGACCUUCAGCCAAAUCCCGUCAAACAUUAUUGCAGCAGCCUCUCUUUUUGAAAGUUAUUACUUGAUCCACCGUACGCACCCGGAGCUGAAGUCGAGGUACGAAAAUGAAUGGGCAACAACAAAACUACUCUCGACAGCGGUGGGGGCUCAGAGAAAGGGUGAAAAUAGGGAGGGAAAAGGUCGGAACCCAUCCACUGAAGAUGGGGGUGAAGAUCGCGAAGGUAAUAAUCUGGAUGAUAGUGGCGAUGGGAAUGAGGGUGGCCGUGAACCGGAUGAUCCUAGUCAGGGCAGUGAUGACUACUGGCAGCUUGAAGGCAACCAAGACACGGCUUCAGAGGACGAAGAACCACAACUGGAUAGUGACAAUGAAAACUGCGGCAUACAAGUGACAAAAUUCAAAUUUCAGCCCUGGAUUAUUACCUCACAAAGCGAUUCGAAAAGGGCAAGAAAUGCCAAUAAAUCGAUCCCAAAAGCGCAAAUUCUAGCUGCACCUAUCGACCCGCUUGCCAGCCCCCAGCCAACCAUCACUAUCGAGCCCAAGAAGUUGUGUACCCGGAAAAAUGCGAGAAAGAGGAACUAG